CUCAGAUUCACUUUCUGAAUCAAAGUGUUCUCCAGCUCAGACUGACAGUUUGAAUCAUUGCCUGAUCCUCCUCCUCUCAGACAGGAGGAAGAGGAGGAGGAGGUCUGUGCUGCUUUUCACUCUCAGAUUCAACACCGCAAAGAAACAAAGCAGAAGUCCAACAGGAUCCAGGGAAGGAUUUAUUCCAGUGCAGCUGAUCUGUGCUGCGAGGAGACAACCUCUGGAAGCAGCUGAUGUCUUCCUGAGAGGAUGAAAACGUGACUUCAGAGGUUCUCUUCCCAGAAGCAACCGGCAGCUGAUUAAAGACAAGUUUGGUUUCAUCAAAACUGAAGUCUGGGGCAGCAGUGAGAGACGUUUACCUGAAGACGGAGAAGAUGAAGUUUGGAAGCAGCCUCUGCAUCCUGAAUGUUGGCGGGCGCAGGUUUUCCUUCCCCGCGGAGCUGAUGAAGCGCCUCCCACUCAGCAGACUCAGCCGGCUCCAUCGCUGCGUAUCGGAGAGCGAGCUGCUGGAGCUCUGCGACGACUACGACCGUGACAGAAACGAGUUCUUCUUCGACCGCCACUCUGAGGCCUUCAGCUUCAUCAUGCUGUACGUGCAGCACGGGAAGCUGCGCUUCGUACCGCACAUGUGCGAACUGUCCUUCUACAACGAGAUGCUGUACUGGGGUCUGGAGAGCUCCGACCUGCAGCCGUGCUGCCAGCGCCGCCUCGACGAUCGCAUGUCCGACUGCUUCAUCCACUUCUUCCCUGAGGAAGAGCCCUGUGGCCCCAAGGAGCCCCAGAGUCGAUGGCUGGAGAGGAUGAGGAGAACAUUUGAGGAGCCCACGUCCUCGCUGGUGGCACAGAUCCUGGCCUCCGUUUCUGUGCUGUUUGUGGUCAUCUCCAUAGUGAUGCUGUGUGCCAGCACCUUACCUGACUGGAAGGCCGCAGAGACCCUGGACCAGCACAGGAUCAUCGAAGCGGUUUGUAUUGGUUGGUUCACCACCGAGUGUCUCAUCCGUUUCCUUGUGUCUCAGGAUAAAUGUGAGUUUGUCCGUCGACCUCUGAACAUCAUCGACCUGCUGGCCAUCAUGCCGUACUACGUCUCGGUUACGGUAACGUUCCUGACGGGGGAAAACUCACAGCUGCAGCGGGCCGGCGUCACACUUCGUGUCCUGCGAAUGAUGCGAAUCUUCUGGGUCAUCAAGCUGGCGCGCCACUUCCUGGGCCUGCAGACUCUCGGUCUGACGCUGCGGCGCUGCUACCGUGAGAUGGUGAUGCUUCUUGUCUUCAUUUGUGUUGCCAUGGCAAUCUUCAGUGCACUGGCACAGCUGCUGGAGCACGGCUUGGACCUGGAGACUGGAAACCAGGACUAUGCAAGCAUCCCUGCCGCCUGCUGGUGGGUCAUCAUCUCCAUGACGACGGUGGGAUACGGAGACAUGUAUCCGAUUACGGUGGCAGGCCGAGUGCUGGGUGGCCUCUGUGUGGUAAGCGGCAUCGUGCUCCUGGCGCUGCCCAUCACCUUUAUCUACCACAGCUUCAUCCAGUGCUACCAUGAGCUGAAGGUACGGUCGGCCCGCUGCAACCGCAGUCUGUCAGCAGAACUUAUCAACUGAGCCGGUGUCACUCCUGAUGAGGUGGAGGCGCUCCACUGCCUCCUCCUCAGCCUUUUCCACCAGCUGGCCACCAAUCUGACCACAGCAACCAAACACAAACUUAGAUUAUAUUAACUUCUGAACCAUCAAAGUUCUCUUCAAGAAGUAUUGCUGGAGAUGUGUUCCAAUCACAAGGGGAAUCACACUCCUCAGCCUCCCUGGUAAGGUCUAUUCAGUACUCCUGGAGAGGAGGAGAGUCUGUUGGAUAGUCUAAGCUCAGACUGAGAAUGAGCAGUGUGGUUUUCGACCCGGCCAUGAACCAUGGACCAGCUGGAUGCCCUCUGCAGGGUCUUGGAGUGGGCAUGGGGGUUUUCCCCACCAGUCUACAUGUGCUUCGUGGACCUGGAGAGGGUGUUCAGCUGUGUUUCUUAGAGGAAUACUGCAGAGAAUGCCCCAAAAGUAUGGAGUACCGGACCUCCUUGUAUGAGCUGUUCGGUUCCUGUACGACCAGUGUCAGGGCUUUGUCCGCAUUGCUGGCUAUCAAGUCAGUUGGAUUUGUUUCCAGUGAGGGGUCGACUCUGUUCAUAAACUUUGUGGACAGAUUUCUAGAUGCAGCUGAGGUGUUGAGGAAAUUUGGUAAAGUGGUCUCAGGAUUGGGUCUCUGCCUUUUGCUGAUGAUGUGGUUAUUUUGGCACCUCCAAAUCUGAGACCAUGUUCCUCAGCUGGAAAUAGCUGGAGUGUCCAUGAGAUCCUAUCCCAAGUGGAGGAGUUCA